CUAACUUCCACCCAAAAAAAAACUUUCGAGAAACUUUUAGUCAAACAGAAAACAAGCACCGACUGACUGACAAAGUGUCGCAACUCGCCUCACUCCCGUUUUAAUGAAACUUGAAUGUGUUUUUGAGCUAAAACAGAGGCUGCACAUCCACUUUGAUAACUUUUGAAUGAGCCGCUUGCGCAAAAAGUUGUUCCCGAUUUUUAUUUUAAUUUGACGUUUGGAUAAAGUUUUUUUUUCUUUAUCACUUAAAGACUCGUGAUGGCUGUCCUAUCACUAGCGUUACUUCUUGUAGGAUUUGUAUUGACUUCAGCUGACAAGGCUGGUGAAGUAGAUAAAGAGGACCAACUGAGGAGCCGUCUGAAGGAAUACGGCCUCGUCACUCCCUUCAGCACCGACUCCCAUGGACACUACCUGUCACACCUGCUCUCUGCCACCCACAAGCAGCGUGUCAAGAGGGAGGUGUUUUCCUCUGGUGAAGCUGAACAGAAACUUUUCUUCAACAUUUCUGCCUUCGGGAAGGAGUUCCACCUCCGUCUACGCCCCAACAACAGGCUGGUGGCGCCGGGCGCGAUGGUGGAGUGGCAUGAUGAGAUUCAAGGCUUCGGGAAUAUCAGCUACAGUGCUGGUGAUGAUGCCGAUAUGGGCGCCAACCAGACUGAAGUCUCCAGUGGGACGGAGAGGAUACUGCACCGGGAGCUGCUGAAGACAGACUGCACCUUUAUCGGUGACAUCACAGACGUACCCGGGGCCUCGGUUGCCAUUAACAACUGUGACGGACUGGCUGGGAUGAUUCGUACAGACUCUGACGAGUACUUCAUCGAGCCGCUUGAGAGAGGCACUCAGGAGCUGGAGGACCAGGGCCGGGUCCAUGUGGUUUACCGCAGGUCAGCGCUGCUGCAGGCCCCCUCCGACAUCUCUGUGGACUACCAGCUGCAAGAACCGGAGCUGGAUGUCCCCGGGACCUUGGACUCUGUAGCCCGGCAGGUCAAUGAGACUGUCCGCAGCCGUCGCCGCCGAGAUGCCGGGGAGGACGACUACAACAUUGAAAUCCUCUUAGGUGUUGACGACUCUGUGGUUCGCUUUCACGGCAAGGAGCACGUGCAGAACUACCUCCUCACUCUCAUGAAUAUCGUGAAUGAGAUUUACCACGACGAGUCACUGGGAGUCCACAUCAACGUGGUCCUGGUGAGGAUGAUCAUGCUGGGGUACGCUAAGUCCAUCAGCCUCAUUGAAAGAGGAAACCCAUCACGGAGCCUGGAGAACGUGUGCCGCUGGGCGUUUGUGCAGCAGAAAGGCGAUCCCGAUCACGCUGAGCACCACGACCACGCAAUUUUCCUCACUCGCCAAGGCUUCGGCCCCACGGGGAUGCAGGGUUAUGCUCCGGUCACAGGAAUGUGCCACCCCGUCCGGAGCUGCACCCUCAACCAUGAAGACGGCUUCUCCUCAGCCUUUGUUGUGGCUCAUGAGACCGGACAUGUGUUGGGUAUGGAGCAUGAUGGCCAAGGCAACCGCUGCGGGGACGAAACGGCGAUGGGAAGCGUGAUGGCUCCUCUGGUGCAGGCGGCCUUCCAUCGAUACCACUGGUCCAUGUGCAGCGGACAGGAGCUGAAGAGAUACAUCCACACUUAUGACUGCCUCUUGGAUGACCCCUUCAAACACGACUGGCCGCAGCUUCCUGAGCUCCCCGGCAUCAACUACUCGAUGGAUGAGCAGUGUCGAUUUGACUUUGGAGUGGGCUAUAAGAUCUGCACCUCAUUUCGAACAUUUGACCCAUGUAAACAGUUGUGGUGCAGUCACCCUGACAACCCGUACUUCUGCAAAACCAAGAAGGGGCCGCCUCUCGAUGGGACCGAGUGUAACCCCGGAAAAUGGUGCUACAAAGGUCACUGCAUGUGGAAAAACCCUAAUCAGGUCAAACAAGACGGCGCCUGGGGCUCCUGGAGCAAAUACGGCUCCUGCUCGCGCUCCUGCGGAACUGGAGUUCGCUUCCGGACACGUCAGUGCAACAACCCAGCGCCCUCCAACGGUGGCCAGGACUGCCCAGGAGUAAACUACGAGUACCAGCUGUGCAACACUGACGACUGCCCCAAGCACUUUGAGGACUUCCGAGCCCAGCAGUGCCAGCUUCGUAACUCCCACUUUGAGUUCCAAAAUGCCAAACACCACUGGCUGCCCUACGAGCAUCCCGACGCCCACAAGAGAUGCCACCUGUACUGCCAGUCAAGGGAGACAGGAGACGUGGCGUACAUGAAGCUGCUGGUGCAUGAUGGGACUCGCUGCUCAUACAAAGAUGCAUACAGUAUCUGUGUGCGUGGAGAGUGUGUGAGAGUCGGCUGCGACAGAGAGAUCGGCUCCAACAAAGUUGAGGACAAAUGUGGCGUUUGUGGUGGGGACAACUCCCACUGCCGCACCGUCAAAGGGACCUUCACCCGAACUCCAAAGAAACCUGGUUACCUUAAGAUGUUUCUCAUUCCUCCUGGAGCUAGACAUGUGAUCAUCCAAGAACACGAGGCCUCCCCUCAAAUUCUUGCAAUCAAGAACCAGGCGACAGGGCAUUACAUUCUCAACGGGAAAGGAGAGGAGGUCAAGUCCAGAAGCUUCAUCGACUUGGGCGUGGAGUGGCACUACAUUAUCGAGGACGACAUAGAGACGCUGCACACUGACGGACCUCUGAACGACCCCGUCGUGGUUCUGAUAAUACCCAAAGAUAAUGAAACACGAUCUACUUUAAUGUACAAGUACAUCAUCCAUGAAGACUCGGUGCCCGUUAACAACAACAAUGUGAUUCAGGAGGACACGUAUGAGUGGGCUCUGAAGAGCUGGUCUCCGUGCUCCAAGCCUUGUGCGGGAGGGUUUCAGUACACCAAAUAUGGAUGUCGAAAGAAAGGAGACACCAAGAUGGUCCAUCGGGGCUACUGUGACGCCAGCAAGAAGCCGAAGCCCAUCCGCAGAAUGUGUAACCUUCAGGACUGCACGCAGCCUCAAUGGAUCUCAGAUGAAUGGGAGCAUUGCACCAAAACCUGCGGCAGUCUGGGCUUCCAGAUCCGGACCGUUCGCUGCGUGCAGUUUCUCCAUGAGGGCACCAACCGCUCCGUCCACAGCAAGUACUGCAGCGGAGAGAAACCGGAGAGCCGCAGGCCCUGCAACAGAGUCUCGUGUCCUGCCCAGUGGAGGACCGGAGCCUGGUCAGAGUGCUCUGUGACCUGUGGAGAGGGGAUGGAGAGGCGUCUGGUCACUUGCCGAAUCGGAGAUCAAUGUAGUGGAGAAAAACCUGAAAAUGUGAGGCCGUGCAGACCAGGACCCUGUCACGAUGAGCCGUGUAAUGGAGACAAAUCCAUCUUCUGCCAAAUGGAAGUGCUUGCGCGAUACUGCUCCAUACCAGGCUACAACAAACUGUGCUGCGACUCCUGCAGCAAGCGCAGCGGGGCUUUGUCUUUGUUUUCGGAGGCGGCUGAGACGGAGGAGCAUGUCCGCUUCGGAUCAGCCUCGCAGCUGCUUGAGACACUGACGGCCUCUGUGGCGGCCAACGGCACCCGCAGCGGCAAACAAGUCUCAGGCAAAGCGUCCACCACAUUGGGCAAUGCUGCGAAACAAGUCACCACCCCGGCCCCGCUGAAGAAAACCCCGUCAAAGAUCACUACAGCACCACGGCGGGUCCCACGACACAUGGGUAUCACUGGCAGGAAGCUGCCCGCCAUGGCGCCAUCUCCCCUGGCGGAUCCCACUGAGGGUCAAAGGUCGAGCGGCUUUACAGAUAGUCGGUGGCCCACAGCGUAUUCUGAAGUGGAGAGAUGAAAAUGACGCCCUUCCCCGUUAGGACUCUUAAUGUAUACCAGAUAAUCCAGCUUCAUCCUGAGUCUUCUCACGCCAACAAACACCACAGAGAGAGAAACGGAGAGAAAGAAAAGUGCUGGUUCACUUUGUUGAGAAUUUUCCCUUCCCUUUUGCCCCCUCAUAUUGACUUUUGAUAUGACAUCUUCCAGGGAGCCCCCAAGAGGAUCUUAUUACCUAAACAGCCGUGCUGCUCUGUUUCAUGCAUUUCAUUGAGAGGAGAAAAAUAUUCAAUCAUUUUAAGGUAAAAGGGGCACAUGGUCCGAAGGGAAUUUUCAUCCGCGUCAAAUGAAAAGCUUAAUGAAACACAGCGUCUGCAGUUCAUAGUGAAUAAUUUUAGGGAUACAAAACAGCCAAAGGACAGAUAAAUAUUCAAAGGAUCCAUCUAUUUUACUACACCGACUCCUAACCUUAAACAGUAGAUACUAAAAAGAAAUGGUUUCUUAAUUCCAACCAAACCUUUUAGACCCGAUGGGUCUUCAAGCUUUCUCUGAUGUCACCUACAGUUCAGGUGCGGGAAGGUGCCCGAUUGGUCUUUUUCUCUGGUCUUGUCAUAUAAUGAAUCAGGCCCCUUGUGUUUGUGGAGCAUUGCACCUGGUCCUCCGGCAAAAACUCAGCAGACUGCGAGAGAAAAUUUCAACUGUUGCAGUCAUUAGAGCUGAUUGAAUUUGUGGAAAUGUAUUCAGACUGCACCAGUUGAAGAGAAAUGGACACAGGAAUUGGUGUUGAAAGGCAUUUUGCACUUGUGGCCGUGUUAAAAGAAAAACCUCAACACAGCUUGAGCUUAAAUAGCUACAUUUGUUGUUCUGUAGGUGAAUCCCAGAUGCUUUGCAUUUGAUUAACAUUGUAUAUUGGCUUGUUGCAACUAGGGAUGUCAGUUUGAUCAGCUUGGUUUUUAAUUUUGCAUUUGAUCGGACAACACCUGUUAACCAAAAACACAUGAAAUACAAGAGGCCCUUCUUUUAGUCUCGUGUUCAACUGCCUCAGUGAGCUUUAGUGCUGCAUUUCAAAGUGCUAUUUAUUUAGUGGUGGUGAAACUUAAAUUUUUUGUGUUGUUAAUGUCAUGGCUAUUAUUUUAUUUUAUGUUGGCUUUGCUGACAGACAGCUGGCCAACUGUGUUAACAUGCAGAAACAUGCACACUGUUCAACCUCCGGUCUUCACUGGUUCCUGGCAGUGUUGCCAAUUUAGUGACUUUUCUGUCCCUCUUGGUGACUUCAAUUCUAAAAAGUGACUAGCAAUAAAUUUAGCAACUUUUUCAGAUCAUCAGUAAAAAAAAAAAAAAGAGAGCAUUAUUCUGUAAUAUAUUAACAUGCAAAGUAAUCGUAGUC